AUGGUAAAGAUUCAUGAUGAAUUGGUCAGUUCUCUUACUUCAGAGCAAAAGAUUGUUUAUAAGAAUGUUUUGGAUGUUGUUUUGUCUGAUAACGACGGAUUCUUUUUUCUAUAUGGUUUUGGAGGAACGGGAAAAAUAUUUGUUUGGAAUACAUUAUCUGCUGCUUUGCGUUCAAGGGGCCUUACCGUCUUAAAUGUCGCAUCGAGCGGAAUUGCAUCGCUAUUGUUACCUGGAGGUAGAACUGCUCAUUCAACGUUUUCUAUUCUUAUUUCAAUAAAUGAGAUAUCAACCUGUAAUCUUCGUCACGGUUCCCAAAAAGCUGAGUUAUUGAAAAAAGCAAGCCUUAUUAUUUGGGAUGAGGCACCUAUGUUAAACAAACAUUGCUUUGAAGCUUUAGACAGAUCUCUUAAUGACAUUAUGAAGACUCAGUUUACCCAUGGUUAUGACAUUCCAUUCGGAGGUAAAGUUGUGGUACUAGGAGGCGACUUUAGACAAAUACUUCCAGUUAUUUCCAAAGGAAGUCGUUCAGAAAUUGUCGGUUCAGCUAUCAAUUCUUCAUAUUUGUGGAAGCAUUGCAAGUGUAAGGAACCGUUGCUUGAAUUAGUUAAUUUUGCAUAUCCAAAACUUGCAAAUAAUUUGCAAAAAAAUUCAUUCUUUCAAGAAAGAGCGAUCAUUGCACCAACACUUGAAUGUGUAGAGGAAAUCAACAACUUUAUGUUAGCAAUGAUUCCUGGUGAUGAAACAGAAUAUUUGAGUUGUGAUACUCCGUGCAAGUCAGACGAAGAUUCGGGUGUCAAUGCAGAAUGGUUUACAUCUGAAUUCCUAAAUGAUUUCAAAUGCUAUGGAAUUCCAAACCAUGCAAUUAAACUGAAAGCCGGUGUCCCUAUCAUGCUCAUUUGA